AUGAGCUUACUCUUCUUUGUUAUCUCUCAAGUUGUGUUGACUCUUUCAAGCUGUCCAUAUGAUAGCUGAGGAUCUGGGUGUAAUAACCCAAAAUUUAUGGUUGAUUCCAAAGUAUGUGCAGCUGGAUGCCCUACACUUUAUCAUUUCUAUCAACAGUAUUUUGAUAUAGGAUUUUUUAACUACUGUAGUAAGCCUACUGGCAGUGAUGCAAUUUUAUUCACAUUAAUACUAUCAAAGGUUCAAGAUUUAACCUUAACUUAUGUGUCAGACCUAAAUGAUUAUAGUAAGAAAUUUGUGAACCCAGGAGGAAUCCCAUAUAUUUCUGAAACACAAAAUUCUCCACUUCCAACUUUAGAUCGUGGCUUUUAUUUUGCUACUACAUCAAGUAUGACAAGCAAUCAGAGCUAUACACCUGGCCUUUAUUUUAUUUUAAAUUUGAUAAUCAAGUCUUUGGGAAGUGGAGAAAUUUUAAAUAUACAAAUAAAUUCAACACAAUAUGUGAGGAUAUGAGCAGAUACCUCUGGCUAUUAUAAAAUUAGUGCAUUAAUUUUUAACGCCAAUGGGGCUCAAAUAGCAGUAUCUGGAGCCUCCUCUGCUAAAUAUUCGUCAUCUUGGCACUCACUCUCAGUUUCUUUAUCUCAGUUGUCUUGUGAUUUAGGCUCCAUAACCUUUUAUAUAGAUUGGAAUGAGGCUGGAACAGCAAUCUUAAGUAGCUCUGAAAUAAGUUUUCCAACUGAGACUUAUAUAUGGACUUUUGGAAAUAAUGGCAGAAACAACUCAUUUAAAGGGUUUAUUUAUUGGAUUCAAGCAAGAGCUGAUAGCAAUAUAAACUAUGGGAUUAUGACUAUCACUAUUGAUUGUACUGAUAAUCAAUAUUGAGAUGGAUUUGCUUGUCAAAAUUGCGAAGCUGGCUGCCAAACUUGGCCUUGGUGCAUUAGAGGCGGUGACUGUAGUUUUUGUAGUUCCCUAUAUUGCAGUUCAUGCUACGGUUAUUCUUUAUCAAUGUGCACAGAUCGUUUUUCUAAUCAAAUACCUAAAAUUUCCCGCUUUGUCUGCUCAACAGGAUGCCAAACUUGUACAGGAAUUGAAUAUCAUGAAUGCACAAGCUGCCAAACUGGCUAUUACUUCCUUAAUAUACAAUGUUUACCUGAAUGCCCAACAGGAUAUAUCCCAAACUCUUCAACAAAAAAUUGUGAUCUUAGUGUGAAUUGAGCGUAUAAUUUUUUAUUUUCUAAUAUAAUACUUUUAAACUCAAUUUCUGGAAUAGACGUAGGAUCAUCGAAUACCAAUUCAUACCCAAAUUAUGACCCUAAUGAUCCUUAUCCAGCUUAUAAUCGGGGAUAUUAUUUUAACUCUAACAGCUACUUAAAAACAAGUUUUAUGCUUGCCCCUUCUAAUUCUAUCACUGCCUGAAUAAGGCCUAUAGCAGCUGGUCUCCUCUUUAUUAAGUAUAUAUCAGGUGCAACUCAAUGGUCUGUGCAAAUUUUGCCUUCAGGACAGCCAAAACUUUCUCUUCUCCUCUCAGACUCUUCUACAACUCUUUCUGUAACAGGUGCUUCAAGCGUCCUAAAUUAUUGAUUUUUCGUUUUAUUUGAAUGUGAUAUUAAUUCUGAUGGGACAACUACUGCAAAAUCUUAUAUUGAUACAACCAACCUGGUCACCUCUUCAACUACAAUUCCUCUUUAUCCAUUAGAUAGCUUUUCAGGGGAUUUAUAUCUAGGGCACUAUAGCUCAGGAUUCACAGGAUUUGCGUGAAAAGUUAAGCUUCGUUGUAUACCAAACUUGUGAGAGAGUCUUUAUGCAUCUUCAGGAUGUUUAGGAAAUUGCACAAAAUGCGCAGGAGAUUUAACUUGUCUGGAUAACUGUUCAAUUAAUCAAUAUUUUGACGGAUCUAUAUGCAAAGACUGCAUAGAUACUUGCACUAAAGGAUGCAGAAAUUCUAAUACCUGCAGAUUAUGCAACACAAAAGAAUGCGCUACCUGCACAGAAUUUUCAGGGGCGAAUUCAUGCCUAACUUGUAUUGCAAAUGCUGUAGAUGAUGGAGCUGGGGGCUGUAAAUGUGCAAAUAAUGCUUUCUGGGUAUCUUCAUCGCAGUCUUGCGAAAUUUGUGAUAAUUUCUGCUCAACUUGUUUGAAAACAGCUUAUUUUGAAUGCUCAGCGUGUUCAGGAACAAAUUUUUUGGUUGGGACAGUCUGCUUUAGUCGCUGUCCUUAUGGGUUUGGAUCUCCCUGCUCACCAGUGUCAACCGCUGUCAUCGAUCUCUCUUUUGAUGGAGAUUUUCUAGGUCAAUACGGACUUUUUGUAACAGGUACAAAUUUCGCAUCUUUUCAGUUUUUUAGUAGCCCUGAGACUCUUGAUCCUAUCCCUGCAUAUAAUCGAGGCUUAUUUUUUGAUGGAACUAAAUAUUUAUCAACCUGAACAAACCCUCAAUUGUUUCAUAGUUUUUCUUUAGGGGCUUGAAUUUAUGUAAUUAUUGAUGGUGGUUGAAUGGAAAAAUCUAUCUUGAUUAAUUAUUCUUCAUUGGGGAGCUUUACUAUUAGACUUCAACUUUGGAAUAAUACCAAUAUUCCUGUAACUUUGUCCUCAUCAGGUCUACUCAACACUUGAAAGUACUUAUCAGUCACCUCUAUUUAUUAUCUAGGGCAAACUACUUUAGCAAUCUAUAUGAAUGGCGCUGCUCUCUCAUCACUUCUAGUUCCAGAUAGGAUUUUUAGAGAUAGUGCCACAAGCACUAUAACAAUUGGAAAGAGCAGCACAUCGGGUUUUGUAGGAUUCGUUAGGUCUUUUCAGAUGUGAAAUACUCCAAUAAAUGAUUUUUCCAGCUAUAUAAAUGCAGCUUGUGGAUCAGGGUCAGCUUGCUUAUGGUCUUGUGAUUUGUAUCAUUAUUAUGAUGGUGCGAACUGUGUAUCCUGCAAUUCAUGCAGCCUUGGAUGUGUAAGGGGAAAUACCUGCAAUAUUUGUUAUGGCUUAUUAUGCUUGAAAUGUACAGGAUUUGACUCAGGAAAAUGCACUCAAUGUGUUAUUAAUGCGAGUUUAAAUGUAGGGGUAUGUGCUUGUAAUCCUGGAUAUGGGGUGUCUUAUGAUGGGCUUUCAUGCAUUGCGUGCUAUACUGGGUGCUCUCAAUGUACAGGCUCAACUUCUCAUGAAUGCAAAGCAUGCUUUUCAGGAUAUUUUUUCUAUGAAGAUACUGGUGAAUGCUUAACUGCAUGCCCAACGGGGUAUAUUGCCAAUCCAGGGACAAAUAUUUGUGUAAAAUGCGAUGUCUCAUGUAAAACAUGCACUUCUGCUAGCUAUUUGGAUUGCUUGGAAUGUGCUGAUAGCUAUUAUAAGGUUACUGGAAUUUGUUUAGGUAGCUGCCCGUCAGGGUAUUCUUUGUCUGCAAAUGGGUGUAUGCUAGUGCAGGAGAAAAUUUUUGACUUAGAUUUGAAUACUCUAAAUGGAAUCAUUUAUGAUAAAGCAAGCUCAAUACCAGUUGCUACGGGCUCUACUAAUUCUUUCAUAAAAAUAAGCAAAUUUGAAAUAGCCCAAAAGCUAUAAUUAAUUUUAAGGAAUUAAAAUAAAAUUUAAAAGCUUUAAAAAAUAGUUUUUAUUAGGGUUAAAAAUGCUAAUAAUAUAGUUAUAGCUCAUAAACCUUUAUGGAUCAGCCUAUUUAAAAUAUAACCGCUCUAAUGGACUUCACAUUGUGUAUAUCAUAGGCCAAGCCCCUCGCUAUUUAGAGAAAUAUUCAGAUUAUAAUGCUAAAAUAGCUCAAUUGUUUGGUAUCUUUAAUUUCUGCUUUUUACAAAAGUACAUAUUUUGAUUUUUUAAAAUGUUUUUGUUAUAUCUCAAUCUUGAUUUUCCUAACUAUAAAAAAAAAUUAUUUUCGCCUUAUAGGUUCUAUCUAUAGCUUCAUAUUUUAAGUAGCAAUAGCAUUCAUUUAUGGCUUUAUUUUCCAUUUUCUGGGCAAGCGCACAUUUUGAUUUUUAAAUUAUUUUAUUUUCUAUAUCAGUUCUAUCUAAGGCAUCAUAUUUUAAUCACUGAAAGGGAGAGUAAUAAAUUUUAUCCAGAUUAUGAACCUGACGACCCAAUCCCUGCUUAUCUGAGAGGAUUCUGAUUUAAUGGUCAGUCUUCAGUUUUAAGGCUACCUGAAUUUUCAAAUUAUACAUAUCCAAAACUCAUUAUAGCCCCAACCUUUACUAUUUCUAUAUGGCUAAACACCGAAACAUCAUUCUCAGCUCUAUUGUCAAAAAAUAGCAUUUCUGAUAAUUACUCACUCCUCCCUUGACUAGAUGCAAAACUAUUGGAAAAAAUCUAAAAUUACUCCUUUUUGGUGAGCAAAUUUUUUUUGGAUUUGACAUAUAAUGAAUAUUAUAAUGUAGUCUCAAGCUGAUUUUGCUUAAAUUUUAGAUAGCUUACAUAAAAAAAUUCAUAAAAAAUAACCCCUUAUCUAUCAGAAAACAAAUUUUUAUGGAGUCAGCUCUUUAUUUUAUCUCAUUAAUAAGCAGUAAACCUGCAAUUUCUCUUCUAAUAAGCUCAUCCCCUUUCUUUUACUCAUGUCAAGCAACACUCAACAACUAUGAAUGAAGCCAUAUUGUAUAUACAUUAGAAGUUGCUCAAAAUGGGUAUAAUAAGAUUUCCUGCUAUAUAAAUGGAAUGCUUGAUUCAUCAGGAAUGACAGGAUAUGGAGCUUUUCUUGAUAUAGGCCCUCAUACCACAAUGACUAUAGGAGCUCAAAUAAGCUCAUCAGCAGUUUAUAAUUUUUAUCAAGGCUUUAUUUAUACUAUUCAAAUAUUUAAUACAGUAAAAUCAAUAUCUAGUCUAUCGACAACAUCUUGCACCGAACCCUGCAGUGUUUGCCCAAUAAGCCAAAUCUGCAUUCCAAACUGUAAAAUAAAUGAAUAUUGGAGUGGUCCUGCUUAUAAUAAAUGCUAUAGUUGCAAUAUUAAAUGCAAGAAAACCUGCAGAGACUGGCGAUCUGCAUGUUCACUUUGUAGUAAUUUAUUAUGCGACAUCUGCACUGAUUAUUCAGCUUCUGGAUGCUCAGCUUGCAAAGAGUAUGCAAUUAAUCCUGAUUCCUGUAUCUGUGACAUAAAUUAUGUAUUAGAUGCUUCUAAUAAUAGCAGCUGCAUUCCUCUUGAGGCUGGCGGAUUUAGAGAUCCUAGUGGAAUUUUUUAUCCUUGUCCAAAUUACUGCACUAUUUGUGAAUCCCUUACUAAAUGCUCUGCUUGUGUAGAAAAUGCGAGUCUAAUUAAUAAUCUCUGUUAUUGCAAUAUAGUCUAUAACGGUACUAAAAAUUGUAUUUUAGUUCCUUUUUCAGCAAAACUCACCGUUUUAUCAGAUAAUUCUCUCUAUCUCACUUUUUCAGACAGUCUUGCUAAAAUCCUUACUACAAAUGAUUUUACCAUAAAAAUUGCAAAGCUAGGAAAUAUUUCCUAUAAAUUUGAGCAAGUAAAUAAUACUUGUUAUUAUAUUACUUUAAAAAUUUCAGAAGAAGUAUCUAAAGGGACAUUAGCUACGCUUGAGUUUUUAAAUUUGACAGAAGUGAGAUCAGUCUCAAAUGGGCUCUUAAAUUCGUCAGAAAUUUCAGCAUCUUUAAAUUCUUAUGACCCUGCGCCAUAUUCGCCUACUAUUGCUGCAGUCAGUUCUCAAGCAGAAGCAAUAGCUCAGACGACUGUUGCUGUAGCUGCUGCUUUAUCGAUUAUCAAUCCUAAUCCGAGCUCUCUAUGGAGCAUGAUGAAUACUUUACAAAUCCUCAGUUACUUGACAUUAUCAGGGAUCCCUUUGUCUAAAAAAAUAAGAGCCUUUUUGAAUAGCUUGAACUCCUUUAGCUUAUUCCCAAAUGCAUUUAUAUAUAUUACGAAUGAAGAUGAAGGAAAAACUCUUUAUUCUCAAGCAAAAGAGUUUGGUUUUGAGACUGAUCUGAUACUAUUAAAUACUGGAAAUGAUUUUACGCUUAUAUUGGCUUCAUUUUUAGCUUUUCCUAUUAUUUUAUUUUUUUCUCGAUGCUCAUUCAGAUGAAUUGGUAAGAAAUUUACGAAAACUGUUAAGGCUUAUCAGUUUGCCUUUUAUUUGAGAUUUUGGAUGCAAUGCUAUUUAGAACUAGGAGCAGCUGCAAGUAUUGGACUUAUUACUUUUGGAUUUAAUAAUAUCACUCAGAUAGCGAAUUUUCUUAUAUGUAUAGCUAUUUAUAUUUUGCAUGCUAUUACUCCAGCAGUGUUUUUUUGGCUUUCUUAUAAAAAUAAAAAUAGGAUCCAGUCACGAGAAAAAACCUUUAAUAGACGAUUUAGCUCGUUUUUUUAUGAAUUUCGAACUGAUCGAGGGUUACUUGCAACACAGUAUUAUUUUGUAUUUUUUAUAAGGAGACUUAUCUAUAUCAUAAGUUUGGUCUUCUUAAGAAACUAUCCACAAACUGAAGUAACAAUUAAUGUCAUUCUUUCAAUAAUGACUAUAAUGCAUUUAAUUUUCUUUUGGCCAUUUAAAGACUCUACUUUACAAAUUUGUAAUUUAUUGACUGAAAUAGGUAUUUUUUUCAUAAUGACCGCUAUUUCUGUUUAUUUAUUUAAUUUAGACCAAGAAAUUUUGUCAAUUAUUGAGGAAGCGAUUGUAGCAAUUGUAAUAGCUAUUAUGGGAAUUCAGAUUUUAGCUUCAAUAGUUAUUUCUGUAAGGACGUUAUAUAAGAUUAUCAAAUAUAAGCUAGAAAAACAAAAUUUUUUAAAGGUCAAUUCAUGCGAGAUAACAAAAAUUAAAUAA